AUGAACAACCUCACAGCACAGAUGGACACCAUGACCAACCUCACAGUGGAUACAGACUUCUUCCUCACCCAGUUAUCUGACGACAAGCAGCUCCAGGUCUUCCAUGGCUUUCUGUUUCUUCUGAUCUACUUGGAGGCUCUCAUGGGGAAUCUCCUCAUCUUCAUCCUUGUCACAGUGGACCGGUGUCUUCACACCCCCAUGUACUUCUUCCUGAAGAACCUGGCAUUCCUGGAUGCGGGUUUCAUUUCAGUCACAGUCCCUAACCUCAUUCUGAACUCUUUUACACAUAGGAGCAACAUUUCGCUCCCAGGAUGUAUUUUCCAAGUCUUUUUGGUGGUUACCUUUGCUGGGUCUGAACUUGGCAUCCUGAUAGCCAUGUCCUACGACCGCUAUGUGGCCAUCUGUCACCCAUUAAAUUAUGAUGUCAUUAUGAAGAAGGAGAUAUGCACGCAGAUGGUAGUUACUUCUUGGCUCCUUGGCAGUUUAUUUGGACUCUUACACACAGCUGGAACUUUCUCAUUAUCAUUCUGUGGAUCCAGGAAACUUCCACAGUUCUUCUGUGAUGUCCCUUCUCUACUGAAGAUUUCUUGCUCUAAGAAGCAUGUCACCACUGAUGUUACUGUGGCCAUUGGAGCCUUAUUUGGACUCUUUGGCUUUGUGUGCAUUGGGUAUUCAUAUGGUUACAUCUUCCAAACUGUGCUGAGAGUACACUCAUUACAAGGACAUUCAAAAGCCUUCUCCACCUGUGUGCCCCAUCUCAUAGUUGUGAUUACAUUUUUAGUGACAGCUGUUUUUGCCUAUUUAAAGCCAGUAUCUGAUUCUCCUCAUCUUGUGGACUUUUUGGCAUCUAUUUUCUACUCUGUGAUGCCUCCAUCUUUGAACCCUUUAAUAUACAGCCUGAGGAACAAGGACAUCAAAGCAGCUCUGUGGAAGUUUUUGUGGAAGUUAAAUCAUUGA